GACGAUGGCGAGAUGCGGCCGGACGACUCCGACGACGGCAGUUUCUCGUCGCUCAUGACCACAUCCAUGGUAGCGACGUUUCUCAACACCACUUCGAGUCCCGUUUCUCCCGGUCCGUCAAGCCCAUCCUUCCAGAUGGCCAAGAGCACGUCUUUUGUCCCGCCCGCGCGGCCCAGUAGUACGCCGUUUCCACAUCCCGAAACUCGAAGCCCGCAAAUCUGCUGUCUGGAGGGUUCAGAGUCGAGCCACGAUGCCAGUGGCUGGGACGAGUCAUCGGCCGAACCCGUUGACGCUGCGGCCGGAAGUCCGCCUGCGCGGCAUUUCGAACAACUCCCCACCGAAGUCCAUGAGGCGAUUCUCGAUCACAUAUUCGGAUACUGCGUGUCUGCUACGUCGAGAAGUACAAUGAGGAUAUCCAGUUUGACUAGGGGGUGGAGCACGGCACUUCGCCAUUCGCGGAGGCGGGAGCUCACUGCAUUAGCUCUGGUCAACCGUGUAUGGAGCGUCCUGGUCCAACAGAGGCUAUUCCGACACAUCAAGCUCAAGGCGACGCUUGAUUCCAUAAACAAUGCCAUGGACUUUUUGGUCGAGCGACCCCAUCUCUCAUCGUAUAUCAAGCACAUUGAGAUUUGGUUUCCCGUUUUCCAACCAACGUACGGACCGUUGGCGUUGUCCAACACUCUCACGUUGCCCACCGUAACGACGGAUGGGUUGACCAAUGCGACAUAUACAUUGCCUGGGAACAACUGUACCCUUGAGCAAGUGUUUCAAUUUGUUGCCGCCGCGCUUCCUGAGACCAAGGUUCUUACGCUGGAAGGUGGAGAACGGCGCAAGGCACCCCGAGUGGUUCAUUUUGACAUGAGAAUCCCUGGCUUGGCAGCGGAGGAUCGGCAGCUUCUCCCUCUCACCUCGGUGAGCACUCUGGUAACCAAGGGCCAGUGGAAUUUGAUGAGGGAUGGAGACGACUUCAAAGUCCUCAUGAAGGCAUUGCCUAAUCUGGAAGAGUGGCAGGGAUCUUAUAGCAAGCCGAAAUCUAAGAGUUAUAUCACAGCUUCGGAUUUCUUGCCGCUCUUACCCAAUCAUGUCACAAAUCUUUCACUCUGCAUGGAGAGCGAUUAUCGACGAGAAGGAGUGAUGCCGGCUUUUUAUUAUAAAGUGGCGCAAAAGGCUCACCUUUGUUCCAGCAUGGCUCGAAUCUUACCAUCGUUGGAGCACUUUGCUUACACAGGUCGUGUUUGCCACCAUUUCUUUGAUGCAGCAAUGCGAUUGGCCGACCCUCUAACAACGAGGCUCAAGUCCAUUGACAUCACCGUCAAGAACUGCUGCCGUCAGUCCUUUAGCUUUCACGAAUCCGGCUCUGGAAUCCAAGAUAUGGCGUUUAUCGAGGCUUUUGAGAAGCUUGUUGUUUCCGCGGUUCGUUCGAUGGACAAGUUCAAGGGGAUCGAAUACCUGAGGAUCAGGUUUGUUGACUUAGAUUCCGUGUUGCCACCGUUGAACCCGUAUUUCUUAAUGCAAAAUGGAAAAUGCACUGGAGUCUGGAGCGACUUCAUCAUCAACGAAAUGAAUAGGGUUCGACCCAACAUCACAUUCCCCGGAUUGAGCGAUACAUUUGGAAACAUUGUCUACAGCAAAGAUGGCCGGAUGAUUAUUGCUCCUGAGCCAUCCAGACCGCGCAUCACCUCUUUGAAACUGUCCAAUUAUCGAUCGCUUGCCACUCGAAUUACUAUUCAGUAGCCACUUGGUCAGAUUUUGGUCGGAGUAUAUCAAAAGCAACUUGGUCGAGAAAUCCUGUGCAGAUAUUUUUCGCACUUUUAUUUCAAAUGAACGCAAAAAACAAACAGAAAGCCUAUAAAAUCCCAUUUAUGGAACAAAUACAUUGGCGGAAAAGCCAACGGAAAUGUCGUCUUUUUUUUCUUUUUCUCUUUUCCAGGCGUUUGCAGCUUUUUAUAUCAGCACGAAGCGAGGGCUUAUGGGAUCCGGGUUCUAAAUUUUUUGUCCCGCAAUUUUUCAUCUUGAUUUUCAUACCCUGGGACAGUCAAAUAACGCGAACAAAGCUCGGAGUUGGUUUGUUAAACUCAGUAAUCAUGGAUACAUGGGGUUCAAGGGCUGCAGUUGGGUUUGAUGGUAUUGUUGCUUGGCAUCGCUUUGGUAGGGUAAUUCUUUGGGGGGUUGGGCAAACGCGCAAGGGGGGAAAGGCUCUGCAACGAGAUUGAGAGAUAUUGGGUGAAGUUAGGUUGAUACCCGUAAUGAAAUAUUUCGAAUUUAUGCC